AUGGCCGACAACAACUCACCAGAUUACAAGGCUCUCUUUCUGCAAGAGAAGGAGAGACGCAAGCAGGAGGAAGAGAAGAGGAAGCAGGAAGAAGAGAAACGAAAGGAUGAAGAAAGGAGGCGAAAGCUGGCCGAAGAGCGUAGCCGACCGACCACUUUCGCGGAAUUCUUGUGCCAUUCCCACAACCUGCUCUCCCAACCGCUGCGAGUCGAGACACCAUCUCGCUCGACUACCGGGAAAAUACCCCUUCCCACCGGGAAAUAUUGUCCGACACGGUUGGAACACUGGACGGAUUGCUCAACACAACAGUCGAAGCUCUACAGGUCCGUUUAUAACUACCUUCAGUUGACACCCGGGGGUCCGCCUCGUUUGUUCUCAUCUUUGCCUGAGCUAGAAGGAUUAGGCCGACGACUUUGUCGGAAGCCUAUGAGCAGUGAGCAAGAACUCGAGGCCUAUGAGCGGUUCGCCGUGGAAGAGCAUGUCCACGAUAUAAUUACCGAGUUGUGCAAACUGCCAGCUGCUCGCGACGAGUUCGGCCUCGGCGAUGGAAUCCAGUUCAGCAAUCAUACAAAUUCCUUAAGUGAGAACGGAGCUCCCGAAGCGGAUGCAAGCCAGCCGUCAAGUGUACACCACCCAAGACCUGAUCAGUUCUGCAUCCAUCGUGUCGACCGCAAUACUACCAGUCUCCUCACAUCGGUCGAGUAUAAGCCGCCUCACAAGCUUUCUGUGGCCAUCCUUCGUAUGGGGCUGCGACCAAUGGACUUAUGGAAGGAGAUGGUCAGGUCAAACAAAAUACCGACAGACCAGGAAGCGAAGCUGAGGUACAAUGCAGAGCGACUUGUCUGCUCUGCUCUUGUCCAGGAGUAUCAUGUGAUGAUCCAGGAAGGGCUCGAGUAUUCCUACGUGACCAACGGGAUUACCCGGGUCCUCCUUCGUGUUCCACAAGAUGAGCCUAGCACACUUUACUACUACUUCUGUGAUCCUAACAGCGAGUUGAAUGCAGCAGUGGAAGAUAGUUUCCAACUACCGAAGACUUCUGUUGCAAGGACACUAUGUCUGUGUUUGAUGGCCUUUCGCUCACCUGCGCGUCGCCAGGAAUGGCGAAAUUCCAUACGACCGGAGCUUCCUCUUUGGACGACCAAUUUUGACCACACUCGUUCUCAGAUUCCCCAAGCUGAGCUGCCGCAGACCGUUCCGAACUCCGAUAGUACAACCCUGGAGUACACGAGUCCGGAAUCCGGUUCAGAUUAUGAACUGCCGUCAUCUCCACCGGAUUCUCCAUCGGCAGCGGCUCGCCGAGUACCUACAAGGUCUCAGGCCAGCUGUGCACCGUCGGAUGUACAGCAUCGCUCGCAGUCACCAGACUCGUCAGGCUCCGAUUCGAACCAAGCAACAGGCCGGAAACGAGACAUCAGCCAAGUUACAUCCUCCCCAUCUGCCCAACGCGCAGGUCGUCAACGGGACUCAACGAAUCGUCGAGGCAACCAUGCCCCAUACCGUGAUGCGAAAUUCUGCACCCAACGCUGUUUACUCGGAUUGCAGUCAGGCGGUGUUCUGGAUGAAUGUUGUCCGAAUGUGAUACGCCAUCGUCGAAGCAAAGACGAUCUUCAUCAUCCGAUUAGCUCAGAAGAUUUGGUGCGUUUACUAAAGGCACAAUUGGACGAAAACAUUGACAGAUGUACACCCCUUGGAGGUUGCGGAGCGUACGGUGCGCCGUUCAAACUUACUUGUGUCGUAUAUGGCUACACUGUCAUCGGAAAAGGAACCACGUCGGGGCUGUGGAAAGAAGUUUCCCGUGAAGCGCAAGUAUACCAAAUUUUGCGCAAGGCUCAAGGGUCUGCCGUGCCGGUGUUUCUGGGGAUGAUCGACCUGGCUAAAAUUUAUUUCCUUCAUGGGGCUGGAGAGAUUCGCCAUAUGCUCGUGAUGGGCUGGGGAGGCGAAAGUACGGCAUCGAUGGAUCUCACGCCUGGGCUUCUCCAGGAGAUUCACAAGUCGAACAGAGAAGUCAAAGCUUUGGGAAUCACCCACGAAGACCUUCGGCGUGAUAAUGUCUUGUGGAAUGAAGAGCUUGGGAGGGCGUUGAUCAUCGACUUUCACCGGUCCACAUUGAAGGGUCGACCGACUUUGCAGCGGCCGCGAGCCUCAAAACGACGACUGCCUCAAUCAGAGAUAGUUGAUUCGAAACGCCUUCGUGUAACGUGA